CUUUUCCAAUGCAAAGAGGCCAUUUUCUGAGUUGAAAGUACAACAACUCAUUCCAGAGGCUCCGACUCAAUGGCAUCUGAUUCAGACUGUGGUGCGAAAUCGAUAAAUGAAUGUGAAAUGGUGAGACAAAUUAAGAUAGACAUAAAGGGGCUACAGGAGCAACAAGAAGUGGACACAUUUCAGCAUGGCAUUUACAGAGUCCAAUGCACUCUUCGAGAUCUGAACAAGGAAGCCUAUACUCCUCAGUUGAUCUCAAUAGGACCCAUUCACUAUGGCCAGGAAAAGCUAAUUCCAAUGCAAAAGCAGAAACUGCGAUACUUUCAUCUCUUCUGGUUUCGUGUCAGCGACGACAAACGAAUGACGAAUUUCAAAGAGUUCUUGAAAAAUGAAGAACAGGUCAUACGCCAUCUUUAUGCUGAGGAGUUCAAGGAGAUCAAGAGUGAAGAGUUCGUGAGUAUGCUGCUCUUGGAUUCCGUCUUCAUCAUGGAGCUGUUUCUGAGGUUUUCAUCGGAGGAGAAAGAUAAAGAUGAUCCUAUACUGAACCAAACUUGGCUGAAACUGAGUAUCCAGAGAGACUUGAUGGUACUUGAAAACCAGAUUCCAUUCUACAUCUUGGAUAAGUUAUAUACAACUGUCGUCCCUGAGAUUUGUCAGGCAUAUGAAAGAUUUAUUGACCUGGCCUCUGAGUACUUCAAGAGUUUUGAUCCGUAUGCAAGGUUCGAUCCUGUUGAAACCCUACUAAAGCCAGAUAAGGAUUCCAAGAUCUCGUCAAAAAGUGGCAAUAAUCGUUCAGCUAAUGGCCCCAAAAAGAGGUAUUCUGCAAGAUUGCAGGAGCACGGGAUCAAUAAUGCGAAACAUUUCACUGAUUUGAUCAGGUCCUUCUACGUCAAUGAUUUGGAACUCAAGCCCUUGCCUUCUACAAAUGCAAGGAGUGCAACGAAGUUGCGAGAAGCAGGAGUAAGCUUUGAAAAAGUUAAGAAAAAGAAGUUGCUUUGUAUAAAAUUCAAGAAACAUCCAAUUUUGAGUUGGUUUCUCUGCUUGGGUUGCAAGCCAGCUUUGAGAUGCUUCAAAGCCCGUUUAAGAACGCCCCAGUUCAAAGUAGACCACACAACAGAAUGUGUUUUAAGGAACCUCAUGGCCCUGGAACAGUAUCAUUAUGAAGAUAAACCCUAUGUUUGCAAUUAUGCCUCGCUCCUUGAUUCUCUCAUACACACCAGCGAUGACGUGGAGUUGCUGGUUGAGAAGGAAGUCAUUGUCCAUGAACUUGGGAGCAACAAAGAAGUGGCCGUCCUAGUUAAUGGUCUGUGCAAGAAUGUCAUGACCAAGGGGACCUGUUAUAAGCGUAUUAUAGAUGACCUGAAUAAACACUACGAAAACCCCUGGAAUCAUACAAUGGCUGCUCUCAAUUUGGUGUACUUCCGAGACACUUGGAGAACAAGUUCCACUGUGAUAGGAAUCGCUAUCCUUAUAUAUACGAUGCUCAACUUUUACAAACUUCUUCGUGGCUUCUUUUCUUAGAUGCCAAACAUGUUACAAAUUACUUGACUCGGCUAUAUUUGUAGUUGCAUGUUAUCGUUUAUUUCAGUCGGAAGUUUAGUAGUUGAGCUACUCGCUGGAUGUAGAACUAUGUUGUUUAAUUUCAGACUUGUAUUCUAAGA